AUGUCUAGAAUAUUAAUUUUCUAUUUUUUAGCUUAUGAUGAUAUAAAUGGUGAUGCUGAUCUUAUGGCUGAUCCAUUACUUGACCGUAAAAAUCGUUUUAUUUAUAUAACCCGUAUGUGGCCAUUAGCUGAUAUGCGUACACUUAGCCUUGAAGAUAUAAAACUUAUAAAUGAACGUGAUAAUCCAUCAGUAGCAGACUAUGUUGUAUUAGCACUCACACCAGACUAUGUGGUAUUAGCACUCACACCAGACACACAUGAAAAAGAUACAGAUAAAAGAUUAAUUUGUGUUACAAUAAUCGAACGACUAGGUGGUAUGAAAUGUAUAUGUGAUAUUAUAUUUCUUUACCGUUCAAAAGGGCCACCACAAUUUUAUACAUCUACUGGUGAUAUAAAUGGUUUGCAAAUGUGUGUUAAAGAAGGUUUUAUACCAUUACUUCGUGUUCCACCACCCGUACUACAAACACAAUCAAAUCUUUAUCCACAUUCACUGAGUCAUCAUGCAUAUCAAACAUCUCCAUAA